CCAUUGGGCCCAUAUAUGUCUUGUCUCCUUAGUAGACUCCAGACUUGAUCUUCAUUUUUCUUUCACUGCAGUACCAUUUUCUUUCACCUCCUUCCCCCCUUUUUUUCUCCUUGUCAUUCUGAUCUAAAACACAAACAAAAAAAAAAAAGAAAAAGAAUUCUUCUGCAACAACCAUGGCAACCGAAAUAGAGAAAGACUCAGCAGAAAGAUCAUCGCGAUCGGCAGGUGAUCAUCAGAAGCAGCAGCAAAAGGCACCACCAUUGAGCCGAUACGAGUCACAGAAGCGCAGAGACUGGAACACUUUUGGGCAGUACUUGAAGAGCCAGAGACCCCCAAUUUCUCUCGCACAGUGCAAUUACAACCAUGUAUUACAGUUCCUUUGCUAUCUCGAUCAGUUUGGGAAAACAAAAGUUCACUUGCCUGGUUGUGUCUUUUUCGGACAACCGGACCCUCCUGCUCCAUGCACUUGUCCUCUUAGACAAGCUUGGGGAAGCCUUGAUGCUUUGAUCGGACGGCUCAGAGCUGCGUACGAAGAGAACGGUGGUGGUGGUGGUGGUGGUGGUGGUGGUGGAUCACUGGAGAGAAACCCUUUUGGCGAUGGAGCUAUACGUGUUUAUUUACGCGAAGUUAAGGCGUGUCAAGCAAAGGCAAGAGGGAUUUUGUACAAGAAGAAAAAUAAGAAGAUGAAGAAUCAGAUGAUCAAGGCAAACCAUGAUGAAUUCAACUCUUCGAAACAGUCCGGUUAAAGAAAAGUCUUUGGAUCAAAAUGGAGGAGCAUGCAAUGGGAGAUCAAUGGAUGGUAAAGGGUACAAUAUUAGGUUUCAUUUCUAAACUCUAUAGUUUCAUUUCUGCUACAAUAUUUGCUUCUCAUCUUGCAGACAUAAUUAUAUAUAUUAAGCUAGAGUCUAUUCCUAAUUAGUGCAUAUGUAUAUAUCAGAUUCAUACCUAGUUGGCUUGACACUUUGAUUACACUCUCAUAAAUCUAUAAGCAGAAUUUUGGAUGUCUUUAUUAAA